AUGGGACUGUGCGAACUUUGCGGCAGCGACUAUCCGGACGGAGGAGACUCGAAAAAUAUCCAUGAGUCCGGCAAACGUCAUCAGAAAGCAGUCGAACGACGUGCACAAGCUGCAGAACUUCCCAAGAAGACCAUAUUCGUUGCUUUCGCCCGUAAGGGAGAUACAAAAUAUAGUUCAGUCGACUCCAAUACAAUCGCUGCGGCAUUUCAAAGUUUCGGGGAAGUUACGCACGUCUCCUGUGGCUUUAUGCAAGACCAUGCUUUUGUCGAAUUUGCUAACGAAAACGCUGUUGAAAAAGCGAAGGCUGCAAGAUCCCUGCGAAUAACUGAUUCUCUCACUGGUGUUAUCUAUGAGCGUCGCAUAACCUUCAAGGAUGACCAUAGUGGUCCAUCCAUCGACAUUGACGAGGUGAUUAGUCUUGUCAAGGACCCAUUCUGUGAAGGGUUCUCCCUUCAAGUCGACCGGGUGGCAUCCUCCAUUGCAACUACAGAAGCUGAGAGAUCUCAUCGAGCUUCACUCUGCAAACGUUUUGAGGAACUUUUACGACGUUAUAUCCAGAAUCCUAUUGUCGUGCAAUUUGGCUCAGCUAUAACAGGUGUUGGCACGAAUGAUUCUGAUGUGGAUCUAUGUAUUUUGUUCGCUUCGGAUGAAGGUUCGCUCAUGAGCGAGUUCGUGCGCGAUAGUGCGGAACUUUUAUCAUGUCCGGCUGAAAAUUUCAGAGAAAAUCUCAUUCAUCGGGAAGAAUUGAAUGCGCUUUCUGUUCGAGACCAAACUGAAUUGUUGUUCCGAAUCCUGAAAGAAUUGAGAAGAGAGAAAUGCGGUUUUUUCAAAAGCUUACAUGCAGUUUCUGAUGCACGUUGUCCCGUAAUACGGUUUCGAGCGUAUGAUAAGCAUUUAGUAGAACUGUCAGUGAAUAACUACAUCGGCUAUCAAAAGUCGGCCUAUAUCGGAGCAGUGGUGCAAGGAGACCAAUCUGGUACACUUAGAAAAUUAGUACUAGCGUUACGCUUCUGGGCAUUGUCUAAUGGAUUGUUCAUCUCAGAAAAGAAAAAGACUUGGAAUCUCAAUUCGUACACGAUAACGUUAAUGUUUGUCACCUUUUUGCAGUCAGAAAAAUUAUUGCCAGUCUUCACCUCUUCGGAUGUCACGGUGAACACGAAUGACGUUAGGGUCGAUUUUGCGGUCCCGUCCUUUAGUUUGGCUGAUGUCGACCAACGGAAGCUGUUCAAGAAAUUCUUCAUUUGCUGUGUCGAAAGUAAUCUGGACAAGUUAGUUUUUUCACCAAGGAAAGGAAAUUUGGUAUCGCUAACUGAACUUCAGGAAGAGAUGAACUCCAAACCUGAAUCAGUGCUUUUUGUGCAGGACCCAAUCGAGUUGACAGAUAAUGUAGCGAAAAAUGUGACCACCAAAGCUUUGAAGACGAUGAGGCAUGCGAUGAUGCUUUCGUUAGCUGCGAUGAAGCGAGAUACCGAUUCUUUUGCAGUGAUUUUACGUGUACUGAAUAAAUCUGAAACAAAUGCAUCACCUUCGCCGGUUAUACCCAACACUGAGGGGUCCUGUCGCGUGUCGGGAUUUCCGGAAUGGUUUGAUGAAUACGUAGCAGAAACAUUAGUUCAUAUUAUUCUAGCAGCUAUAUUGCGAUGCGAAAGUUCAGUCACGCCUGCGAAAAGACCACGAUUCGACUGUGAUGCAGAAGAUCUAGGUACCUUUGAGGCAUCCAAGAGACUGUGGGUGUCGAGAAGGACACUCCGGAAAAAAUGGAGUGCUCUUCUGAGUUCCAAAGAACAGUUUCCACUUCUUGUUGAGGCAUUGGUCUCCCAAUCGUUGUCUGUAACUUCCGUAAACGAUUGUCCUGUAAAGUUCCAAGCGUUCUUUGAUGUCCAUAAGGACUCGCUAUGGGUUGGGCUGAAGCUCAUAGAAGGUGACGCUGUGGAUGUAGCAAAUGUGGGACACUUUUUAGAACAGAUGUUGACAAAAGUAAAAGAUUAUUUCCUUUCUGAUGCUAAUGUAAGUACUUGCCACUUAACAGUUGAAGAAUUCAUGGCAAACGUUGAAGAGAUUUAUGAUCAUAACAAGGAAAGGAUUAGUUAG